AUGGACAGCAACCCGUUGAACUGGAACGACCUGACGGCCGCCAACGAUCUGCCCGUGCCCGUCAACCUUCAAAAUUUUUUUUGGGGUCUGACCAGUGCAUUUAUUCGACCUAAAGUUGGUAAACUACAUGAAAAUUCAUGCUUGUUUUGCCAACACACUGCUGGUCAUCAUGAAAUGAAGGAGGCAUGCAAGACUUUUGAACGAUUAUUAGUUCUAGACUCUCAAAUCGACUUACCCCAAAAUGUUAAAGACGAAAUCAAAACAUUUCCAAGAUGGAAUCUUAUUCAAGCUUCACUUCCACACAUUAUCCAUUCUACUGCAGCUAUUCUUCAAAACAGAAAAGGAACAAAUAUUCAAUAUAUUGGACCAAUAGAAGCAAAAUUAUUACUAAUUCUACAUUGGAUAAUUCAAGAUGCACCUGAUGAAUGUGCGGAUUCUGAUUAUGAAAAAGGAACGUUUCAAACAUUACCACAUUAUUAUCUUUUUAAUAUCCCCACCAUGACGUUAUUCGUUUAUUUAAUUGCCCCUCUAAUUAAUCAAGUCAAGGAAUCCGAUUUGAUAAGUAAUGGGUUAGAAAGCGGAAUGAAAAUGUGGCAAGCAUUUUGGGACAAUCGUACACCUAGUAUUGCAUGUUUUUCAGCUCACUGUAAGCCAAAACCUAAAUCCUUAUGGUAUAAUCUGAAACGACUUUCACAAGAAAAACUAAGAAGUCAAGAAUAUAAUGGACGUACAAUAUCCGCAUCAGUUAGUUCACCUCAUAGUAUAAACCACAAUGAAUCGUACAGCCAAAGUAAAUCGUUUGACGAUGAGAUAUGGAUAGCGUCACCAAAGGAUAAAUGUUUUCCAGAAACUAUACCCGAAGAAAGUUCUAGUACAGAAGAUGAACAAGUUGUUAUUUUUCACAUACCUCCAUAUGAAGAAUACAUAAAUAAUCCUGAAAACUUACAAAAUAAUUACCAAGGAAAACCAAGUAUAUUUCAAUUACCAGUUGGAAAAUCGGAUUCAAUUUAUACUUAUGAAGAUUUGGCAGCAAUAACAUCUCCUGAAAUGAAACAGUUACAAAAUAAAAUAAAAAUAGGAAAUAGUAAAAAAAAAAUCUCAGGAGCAAAUAACUACAACAGUUCAAGUUUUUUAACAGAAGAAUCAGUCUCUGUCGACUUGAAUGCUGCCACUUAUUUAGAUGUUGCAGUAUUAAGAUGUUUAUUUACACAACAAUGGUGUGAAGAAGGUGUUUAUUGGGCUUUUCAAUUUUUAUACCACAGACUACAAAGUAUAAAUGAAAAUAUAAAAAUCAAACAAGAACCACGGCGAAGAAGUAAUUCUUUACCAAUACCUAAAAUCGAGGUUUCAUUUCAUCAUGAACCGGAUUUCCGUGGCAAAAUCGUAAAACCGAAUUAUUCGAGUACAUAUGAUAUGGGCGAUAGUUCACCUGAAAUAAUGAAGGACAGUAAGAGAAGAUUUUUUGAAGAUCGAGAUAUAACAAACGUUCAUUCAAGGCAAGCUAGUGAACGUAUAAAGAAAAAGAAAAAGAUUGUAGAUUUAAAAGCAUUUGUCGAAUGUAAACUUUUAUCGAAGUCUGAAAAAAAUUUACAAAAAUUUGACUAUAUAAAUGAUGUUAUGAUGCUUGAACCACAAUGUCAUAAUGGUUUUACAAAUGAAGAACUACCUAAUCCUCUGAUAAAAAAACUAGAACUUUUAUUUCAAAAUAACAAAACUGGGUUUCUCAACAGAGGAAAGAGUCUACCUAGUCUUAGAGUUAAUGAUAUAAAACAUGUUAAACAUUUUUUAAACCCGAUUAUUACCAUAACUGAACAUUCUGGUGUAACUUCUCCAGAUAUUAAUUUCUACAAGGCAAAAUUUUUUGAUGAUUUUCAAUUUGAUAAUGUAUUUCCACAAGGACAAAAACUUUCUAAAGACUUUCGCCAAUCAAAUCUAACAAGAUCACAAACUGAUUCUAAUAUAACAUAUAUCAGUGAAGAAAUUCCUGAAGUACAAGGAUCGACAAAUUACAUUACAAAAGAUGGAGAUGUCAACUUUGAAGUUGUGUUGAGGGCCAUCCAUUUUUCAGUAUAUCAAAUAAAUACUUGUAAAACAUUUAGAACAUGCGAAAUGGUUAUUAAUUUAAUAGAGUUACUGUUAGACUUGGGGAUAUUACAUCAGUCGUGGCAUAGAGAGGUUCCCAAAGUUCCCAAUCCUAAUACACAAAAUACCAAUUCAGAUUACUCAGCACAUUUAUCAUAUAGUAAACCAAUGUCCCCUCAUGCACUUGCCAUGAGCUCUAUCAUAAAGAUAAUACAAUACUUAGGAUGUCCACACACUUGCGGCGAAGGACAUAGAGGACCUCCUGCAAAUUUCGUGCGAACACAAUGUCAAUGCUUAUUAAAUCGCUUAAAGCAAUAUGAUAAACGAGAAUUUUCAAACUACUUGAGACAUUUUAUCAAAAACAAUUCUCUGCCUUGCAUAAUAAAUUUUAUUCAUUCAUACAUUGGAUUUUGUACCGAACCAAUGUCUAUUUUUUCACCUAUGUGUAAUAAAAGGAAAUCCCUUGACACAAUAUCUCAAAUGAGUGGAUCUCCAUCAGGAUAUGGACCAUUGGUGUGUAAUAAAGGAAAUGAAUAUCACGUAGUAAAUGUUAUAUUCAGAAGUCUUAUGUCGAAAGUGGUUAAUUCAUAUAAAGAAUUAAAGCAACCUGAGAAUACCGAUAUUUAUAAUACUUUGCGCUUUCUAAUCGGUUACAUCAAAGACACUCACCCAUCUGUAUUUAAACGUGUGAUGUUAAGUGGGUUAAUAGACACUGCCAAUCGGAACAAUGAAAAACAUUGCAAUAUUCAAACUACACGUGUUAUCAGGCAUAUACCUAUACAUGACCACGAGGAACAUUCCAAAUCUAUUACAGAACCGUUUGUGCUUGACAAAACAAGCAGAAAACUAUUAUUUAAAAAAAGAAGUACUACCACUAGUUACUCGAACGCUUUUGAAAAUCAAAUUAGUGAAGACAUAAGAAAUCAAAUGUCAUUAAUUAACUUGAAGAGAAGAAGAAAUCCAAUGUUAGUUUCAAAACCUAGCGAAGGCAGUAUGCAAUGUUCUAAAAAAUCAUAUUCGAAUCGUUUACAAAUCAAAGAAAUAGUUAAUUGGAUAAGUUCAAAAUCCAAUGUGCACGAAUGUCGUGGGAGAUCACAGGGUAUGAAUUCAUCGUACGACUCAUCUUCGGAUGUAGGAUCACUAGUACGACAAGCUGCAAAUUUACAUCAGUCAUAUUGCAGAGGUUCUAAAAAAACCAACAGUGGAAUGUCUCAAAAAUUCAAGAAAACUAAAAAACGAAUGGGCCAUCAUUUAAAUAAAUACGUUUUUCGAAAAGGAAGAAAAAAGGAUAAAAAUACUGAAGAUUCUCAAGGAAGUUAUUUAAGUCGACGAGAUUCAUUGGAGGAUGGCGACCAUCCUCAUCAAUCGGAAUUUGUUGUCUUGAAGGAGAGAAAAUUAGUGGAAAUUAAACAUCUUAGAGCAGGUAUUCAAAGGUUUUCAGCCAUGAUGGAAAUUUGUGGUCCAGGAUCUGUACCAGAUGCUAAUUUGAUAUCCGCAGCUUUUGAUUUACCAAAUACACCCGUUUUGGCUAGAGCAGUUUUUCUCUUGGAAUGUUGUCAUUUUGUUCAUUGUUGUAAUAAAGGCCAAUGGUCUACUUGGAUGAAAAUGACGAGACCGUCUGGUCUAAAUUUCAAACCAACGGUAAUAUCUGGAACUAAAAAGUCCGUUGUCGUACAACAUAAUGCUGGGAAGCUUUUUCGCCAGUGGGGAGAAAUAAUCGCUGCACGUUUGGAUGAAAUGAUCUCCGAAGAUAAAAAACAAUUACCUCAUAUAUUAGCAUGUAUUAAUGACGAAGCCCUACAACGUGAAUUGCAAACUGAAGACGAAGAAGAAGAUUUUUUAGAUGAAACAUCUGGACUUUCUCGAAUGUUCAGUUGUCCAAUGGUUCUACGGUUGAUAGCGUGCAUGUUAUUUUUGGAAAUAACAUCAUAUUUGCGAGAAACGUAUAGAAGUUUGCCAAAAACUCGACCUUCAAACCCAUACACAACAUUACCUAUAUCAUCGAGUGCCUGGGAGAGGGAACGGCAAUCUCAUAGUCGAGAAGGAAGACGAUGGUCGAUGGCUUUGUCUUCUAUGGGUCAUUCGCAAGCUUCUGCACAAAGUUUGCAAUCAAUAUCUGGUGAAAAGGAACAAGAGAUGGAGAAAAGUGGAAAUGAGCUCUUACAGAGUCAUUUAAAACCAGAAGAGGACGUUAGUCGAAAAAGUAGCGUCAUUGUUGCUACCACUGUGUUGACCAAACUUCGCAGACACGCUAAACUAAUAAAAGAAAAGCGCGCUCCAGCUGACAAAGGAAAAACAUGUAUGAAACGUAAUGAUGGUGAAUCUGGACAAUCAAAUGAAAAUUCUAAUCCUAAUGUUCAUUUUAAUCAGUGUGAUGAAACUGGAUCAUCAGUAAAUAUUGAUGAUAAGAAAAAUAAAGGUUCAAACCAAUCAUCUGCUCAUCCUUUGGCACAAAGAAAAAGUAUGGCAGGAUCAAUUAAGCGAUAUAGCUUGAAAUUACGAAGAAAUACUAAGGAAGGAAUUAAAGAAAUGAUGUCUUCUGAUGGAGAUUAUCGAAGCGAUACCUCAGACGGUUGCGCUCCAACAGUACCUGGAGAAGCCAGUGGUGAAGAUGAAUCAGCAGCAAUGAUGAGUGAUGAUCAUGCACCAAUCAGUCCGUGUGAAAGUAAUGAGACUGAUGAUACGACAUAUUUUAUGCCAUGGUUAAAAACUGUUAUUGAAAUAAAUAAAUCGUUUGAUCACAGCUGUACUCAUCAGUCAUUUUGUCAUCCAUUAUGUUACAAAAGACAAAUGAGGUCUUGUUCAAGACUUAUAAAAGCUAUUAGAAAGUUAUACGGUGAAGAAUUUGGUUUAAUGGCAUCAAUCGAAAAAAAUGGAGAUCCAGAUGAUAUUAAUACAGUAACAAAGGUCGAUAUAAAAAAAUACUUGCAAAUACCGAGCUGCCAAUCCUCUCCAAACAAGCGAAAAGAUAGUCUCGGAAGAAUAGAAACUUCUAAUUUACUAUAUAACCUUGGAGAAAGUUUAUUAGCUACUAAAAAAAGGCUGUUCGGAUCUAAAUCAAAAAUUCACGAAAAAAAAGAAAAUAAAAAUAAAAAUAAAGAAAAGGAUGACCCACCCGUAAUUUUAAAAUAUAUAAAAAAUCAAGUACAUGACAUAUUUCAUUGUUCAAUGGCUCUACUGAUAAAAGCAGCAGUGGUAUUAACAGAAGAACAGGUAUUGGAUAUCUUACCAAUUGCAUGGGAAUUUUUAUUGGACUCUAACCAAGAACUAGUUGCAUCAUCUUCGACUUUGUUCAUAAUAGCAGCAUUUAAAGCUCCACAAAAAUGUAUUGAGUUAAUCAGCAGUAGCUUAACUAAUAAAGACUCAACAAUUAGAGCAAAUGCAAUACUUAAAUAUCAUGUUUUAUGGAAAAAUCGAUUUCAACCAUGGCCUCGAAUGGAAGAAGGCGCUCACAGUUCAUUUAGAAUUCCUCCACCUAGUAUAGAAUUUACUUUAACUUCGCCAAAAAUUGGGAUUGAAUGUUUACCGAUUGUCGACCCACCUUGGAUGCCACAAGUAGAAACUAAAGUGGAAGAAGUGACAAUUGGCCAGGAUACUCAUAGAUCAUUAGUGACAGCUACAAAAACUCGCAAAAAACAACAAACAGAACUCAUUAAAAUGGCGUUGGAAGCUAAAGAAGACCAAAGAAGAAAUGAACGAGAAAGUUUUCUCAUCACGGCCAUUCCUAUUAACAGUCAAGCAGCACAUGAAUCAAGCAUGCAUCAUGGUUCAUCUGAUCCAGAAUAUGAAGAAGGUGUUGAAAUCGACGAACAUGAAAAUCCAUUACGUGUCGCUCACCAUUCGGUUCAGUCUGUAACUGCGUUAUUUCCGUCUGCUCUUUGUUCUGCAGUCAUAGAAAUUAUAUCACUAUUAAAUGAUCCGGCAGUUACAGCUGAUGGAAGUUCAGUAUGUGAAACAGCUUACCAGGUCAUAUGGGACUGUUUGGUUGAAGACUGUAAUUUAUUUUUACGUUUUGUAUUGGAGAGACUAACUAGAGACAACCAAGAAAAGAUGUUCAAAUUAUUACGUCACUUAAUACGCUUUGUGCCCAAGUUACCUCAUCAAGCUGCGUUUAUUUUGUAUAACUAUAUUAUUGGAUACGUUAUGUUUUAUGUAAGAUCUCCACAUGAAGAGGGUCAAAUAAUGAUUGGUUCUGCUUUAUCAAUUUUGUGGAUGGUUGUUCAUAGUGUACACGGUAUAAUGUUUAAAGAUUUAAAACAAAUACUACGAAAAGAGCAAUGUGACGGAUCUAUUUUACUUACUGCUAAUGUUCCUUCGACAAAAAAAGUUGUAGUGCAUGGUCCUCAAGAACAAAUGUCUGGAGGUAUUCCAUCUCAAUUUCCUGUUCAAGAAGACACUCAGUUUUUCCAAAUAUUGAAAGAAUCUUUAGACUUUUUUGGUAUACCUGAAGAACGUCACAAAGAAUUUUUCCUCGUUAAUAUUAAAACUCGUCAAAUUCAUAAUCCAACUUCAUAUGUAAGAGAUUAUUAUUUCUUCAAAAGAUCACAAUAUCCUCAAUUAGAAUUAAUUCAAAUGGAUCUUAUUGAAGCUUUUAAUCAAUUACAAAGUCAAGAACUCAUUCAUAAAUUCAUUGAAAUUGGAAAAGUUCUUCUAACAUGGGCAAUUUUAAAAAAUGUUGAUAUGGUCGUACAAAGAGUGGUCUUCUUACACGAAGAAUUAAUUAAACUUCCUUCGUUUCCAAGAAAAGCAUUAGACGCAGACCUUGAUUUAUACCAAGGUGGAAAUAUGGGAAAAGAAUUAUUAGGGCUUGAUUUGUUACAUAAAUUUACCUGGGUUCGAUUACUUGCUCGAAUGUUUGAGGCGAUGGCUGGAAACUUUGCUUAUUCAGGUGAUAUUCAUUUGUUUCUGAAUGUAUUAAAUGGCGCAGUAACAUUACACAGUGAAGAUUCUUGUGUAUUGCGUUAUGUCAUGGCUACGUACAUAAAUGCUGCUCGUAAUUUCAAAAACAUAUUUUCUAGCAAUGGGUAUCUUUUAAUUAUUCCAACAUUACUCCAACUAUAUGCAAGUCACCACACAAAUAAAAUUGUUACUCGAUCUAUUGAGUACACUAUAAAACAAUUUUACCUAAUGAAUCGUAAACCAUUUAUACUACAAAUGUUUGGAAGUGCAUCCAGCAUAUUAGACUUAGACGAUGUGACUAAUUUCGAGGAUUCAAGUCGAGUUGAAGCUAAUUAUUUUUUCAAACUGAUAUUGAGCUUGGAAACUGCAUCUCCUGAUCCAAUACAUAUAAGUGAGUUGAUCAAAGAAGAAAAACCUCUGCAAGCGGUUGACUUUUGUUAUCAGGAUGAAGAUGACACAAUUACAAUACAAGACUGUAUAUCUCUAUGUGUGAUGGUUAUAUCGUUUUCACCCGAAACAUUACGCUCAUACCAGAUGCUGCUUAUUUUGGAAGCCAUUUUACCUUGUUAUUUGAAACACAUUCAACAACCAAAUUAUCGAGACAUAGAAAGAGAUGUAAUUAGCCAGUUAAUAAUAUCUAUAAAGACAUUAAUUAACAACAGUGAAGCACUAUCGAAGCACUAUAAUGGGCCACAAAAGACUAGUCAAGAACCAAAAGAUUCUAGUGGAAGAAACUGUAGUAAAGGAUUAUGCUCGCCAACUGGAGGUGAAACAAGGGAAUUAGAAUCAAAUUCUAAAAUGUUUAGUGAGCGUAAAGUUCAUAAAUCUCCGUUCGAUAAAGAAUUUAUGGAUUUUGAAUUACAAGUUGAAGAAAAAUAUGCUGCUCUUCGUAAUGAAUUUCGUCGAACUAGAGAUGUUUUGUUAUCUGUUGUGACAGAUUUUUUUGUUAUAUGUCAUGCUAGGCUUACUGAAUUAAGCCGUAAGUAUCCUCAGGAAGGAAAGCCAUUCGAAAUUCUUGAUACUCGAAUGCAAAUUAGAUUAGGCGAAGUUGCUCAUAGUCUCUUGAAAGUUUCUCCUUACGAUCCAGAGACAAUGUCGUGUAAAGGUUUACUGAAGUAUAUGACAAAUAUUUUACCGGUUGUUGAUUGGGCAGCAGAGGCCUUACGUCCGACUCUCUUGGGGAUUCUCAGAAGACUUGAUAAAACAUUUAAUAAAAUAUACAAAAAACCAUCUAUUAGAAGGUACACUGAUUGGUAUGCUGCAGGAGAAUUGAUAAAAGGUGUCUAUGAAAUAUUAUCAGAACAUCCAUUUAUUGUACACAUUCCACACUUCAAAGCUCUAAUAUCUACGUGUCAAGGUAUCAUUGUCGGUGAUUCCGGAAGUACAAUUACUGCUGUAGUAGAUAAUUUUCAACAAUCUAAUAUACCAAUAGAAAUGCCUCCGCCUCAUUUUUGUGCAAUUGUCAUACGCUUAUUGGCAUUACACAUUUUAGCGAUAGGAGAUAAUUAUACUCUUGAACAGUCAGUCGGAGGAAUGGCUAAUAUAAUGUCAUCUCAAGUUAAAACGGAGGGCUUUCUCAUGAAUUUGUUUUUACCACUUUGUUUUAGAGUUGGCAUUGGAAAAAAAGAUAUGCAUUGUAUGAGACCUUGUGAUAUAAAAUUUAUGCUGUUGGUCGUCUUAAAUUCAAUGAGCCCGCCUGUAAAAACAACGUGUCUGACUUUUGUGCAGCUUACAAAUGUAAAACAAACUUCGGAUCUGCGAACUAACUCAUAUACAUUCAAUAGGGACUCAAAGCCCACACCCACAGUUUCUAAAUCAUUUUUUAAAGUUCUAUUUUUAGCUUUGAAAAUAAUGCUUGUAUGUUUCGAAAGUGAGUUAGCUUUGCAAUUUCAGCGGAUUGCACAUACCGUGAAAGAACUUAUGAAUGUACCAGAUGCCAGAGCUUCUAUUUGGUCUUUUAUAGAGUUUGUGAUCACCAACCGAUCGCCAUUAUUUAUACUUCUUCAGCCUUUUAUUCUACAAAGAUUGACAUUGACAAACGUAACAGAACAAGAAUUAGCUGCACAGAAUUCAAUUAAAGAAAAACAUAUGAACUAUACAGCCAUUACUCCAUUGUGCAGAAGUUCUCUUCUCGUUGAAUUAAUGAAUGAGAUGACUGAACUCAAACAAGAAUUAGACGAUCGUUUGGAUGAACAACGAAUCAGAUCAAGUAAUGGAGUACGGAAUUCGUGUGAAACUCAACACAGACCAUCUAUUAUUAAUUUACUACCAGGAAACUCAAAUCCUUCAUAUAGUGUAUGUACUAUUAACACACAUAGAGAAUCAAUAUCCAGUGUACGAAGUAAUUUGAGUAGCCAAGAAAGUUCAAUAAAAACGUUAGGAAAUAUUCCAAGAGAACAAAAAAAUGCUGAUGGAGAACAAACUGAUUUUUCUAACAAACACAAUGAACCACGCUUACAACGUUCCAGAGCACAAAGUCGAAAAAUUUUCAGAUUUCGUCAAAGUCGUCGUAUGGAGGUAAUACCGCAAGGAGGGAAACUGCAGCAGCACCAGCAAGACGACGAAGCCGCUUACGAUUGCUCGAGCGCGAGGCCACAGGACGACGGCAGGACGGUGACGGUUAUGCUGCCCAAGCCCGAGAUGAUAUGGGAGGAGGAUAGCCACAGCGCUCCGUCCAGGACAUCGAGCACGUCGGGCUACAGGGAGAAUUGCAGCCUGCUGAUGAUGCCGAUGGGUAGCUCGGACGAGAACUCGUCCUCAUCGCCGGUGCACCGGUGCCUGACCAACAGCAGCUCGACGAUAAUGCCCAUCGAGAGCCCGGAGUCGCUGGCGAUGGCCGGCGACGACAUGAUGGGCUACAAUGGCUACGACAUCGGCAGCCAGCAGACGAUCGUCACAUUCGAGCAAGAAGACACGCUGCUCUGAGCGGCCACUACACGAGCGUUGGCCACUUUAAAACGCCGAUACGUUGUUCGACGGUCGAGUGCAAUACGUACGCACAUCCAGUUCCUUCUGUCGUUAGAAAGUUGAAACACACCUAUUAUUGUUAGCGUACUUCAGAGAUAUUUUUCGUUAAAAAAAAAAGGGUAUUAAUACGUUUAGCCGUCAAGUACAAUACAAGUCCAGUUUCUUUUCGUUAUAAAAUGGGACUGUGUUAAAAGUUAGACUUAUUAGCGUGUUUCGUAAACAAUAUUUUUCGUAAAAAAAAAAAAAAAAUUAAUAAUACGUUUUAAUCGUCAUGUAAGACAUAUUUACGUGCGGUUCAUUUUUAGUAUAAAGUUUAAAUAUAUUUAGCGUAUUUCAUAGAUAUUUUUACAUUUUACGUUUAAAAACGGACGUUAGUACGUUUAUCACUAAUAUUUAUCAACCGAACCCGUUUCUUAUUAGUAACAAUUUCAUCGUAAGGAUAAAUCUAGCGUACUCGUAUAAGAAUACCAAUUUUUCUACAUUUUUUGUAAACAAAUAUCAAUAGGUAUUAUGUUUUAUCUACCUUCCUAUAUUAAAAGAAUAUAAUACUAUUAAAAAAUAAAAUAAUUAAACUAAAAGAACAGUGGUUUAUUAAUUGAUCGAUAUCAAUCGAUAGUUACUAUUAUUUUUGUGUAAAGAUCCAACAUAUUAAUACAUAGUAAAAUCAAAUGAGAAAUUAUAAAUUUAGUAUGUCAAUCUAAAUACUAGAUAUUCCAUUUUAUUUACUUUUUAUAUUGAAUGCAUAGCGUUUUUAGUAUAAAUAUAAUUAUAAAACAGUCAAUUCUAUGACAGGAAAUACCUAUUAGACAUUAAUAAUUAACGCAUUCGUAGAUUUAUGUUUACUAUAUUUAUAGUCUACAAACUAUCUAUGGAAUUUAUUUGUUGGGCGCAUGUAAACUCCAUCACAAGUACCUUUUUUUACUGUAAACUCCGCCAGAAAAAUAAAACAGAUAAAAUUGGGUUCAUGUAAACUCCAUCACUAAAAAAGUCAGGUAAAAUUGAGUACAUGUAAACUCCACCAAUGAAGAAAAUCGAGUAGUAGUAUAAACUUAAUAUGAUAUAUUAUUACACUUAAAUUAUAAUAUUAUAUAAUAUUAUAUCGUUCAUAUAAAAUAUUUAAA